CACUACUCAUCAUAUAUCCCCCAUUACUAUUAAUUUGUUAAUAAAGAUAUAAUUGUAAAGAUUUUACAUACCACCAAACACGCCCCAAAUGGUCAACCAAGAAUGCCACAUCCUCCCCAAGCCCUUGGUUUUCAACGCCGCCGUCCUCCAACACCAACAAAACAUCCCCACUCAGUUCAUAUGGCCGGACAACGAGAAGCCCGCCGCCGAGGCCCCGCACCUCCCCGUCCCCCUCGUCGACCUCUCCGGCUUCCUCUCCGGCGACCCUGACGCCGCCCUGGAGGCCGCCAGGCUCGUCGGGGAGUCCUGCAAGAAACACGGCUUCUUCCUCGUCUCCAACCACGGCGUCGACCCCGGCCUCAUCUCCGCCGCCCACCGCUGCAUGGACCACUUCUUCGAGCUCCCCCUCCCCGAGAAGCAGAAGGCUAAGCGGCUUCUCGGCGAGCAUUGCGGCUACGCCAGCAGCUUCACCGGCCGCUUCUCCUCCAAGUUGCCGUGGAAGGAAACUCUCUCUUUUAGCUUCUCCGCCGAGAAAAGCUCCCAAAACACCGUCCAACACUACUUCCGGUCAACGCUCGGUGAUAAUUUCGCCGACACCGGGGAGAUAUAUCAAGAAUAUUGCAAUGCAAUGAACACCCUUUCACUAGGGAUAUUGGAACUAUUGGGGAUGAGCCUAGGAGUGAACAGGGAAGAGCUGAGGCGAUUCUACGAAGACAACGAGUCGAUAGUGAGGCUGAACUACUACCCGCGGUGCCAGAAACCCGAGCUAACCCUCGGGACCGGGCCCCACUGCGACCCGACGUCGCUCACCAUCCUCCACCAGGACACGGUGGGGGGGCUCCAAGUCCUCGUCGACAACGAGUGGCGCACCGUGGCCCCCGUUGCCAACACAUUUGUCAUCAACAUCGGCGACACUUUCAUGGCGUUGACGAACGGGAGGUACAAGAGUUGUCUGCACCGGGCGGUGGUGAACAACAAGAGUGCGAGGAAGUCACUUGCAUUCUUUUUGUGCCCGAGGAAGGAGAAGGUGGUGCGGCCGCCGGAGGGACUGGUGGACUCGGAGAACCCUAGACUCUACCCAGAUUUCACAUGGCAGACAUUUCUUGAGUUCACCCAGAAGCACUAUAGGGCUGAUACCAACACUCUUCAGUCCUUCUCCACUUGGCUCCAAACCAACAACAUAAAUAAUUAAAUAAACGUUACAUCUUAAUUAAUUAGUAUAUUCAUCGGUUGAUUAUAUUGAUGAUUAUAUUAAUGGAUGGAGUUUUAAAAAAAAAUAAAAUGGAAAAAAUCUAGGAGUGGAUUGAAUUGAAGAAAUUGAGACAUAAAUUGUCACAUUAUAUUGCACGAGAAUGGGAUUGAAAUUUAUGGAAUGGAAGAGAGAGCUAAAAAUAAUAAUGUGAGUAGCUCCCCACAUGUUUUGUUUAUUUAUUUAUUUGUUUGUUUUUAUGUUUUUUUAUGUUUUUUUUUAAUUAAAUUAUUGAGUUAUUUUUAUUCCCAUCCCGGCGUCCACCAUUGACUGAUUGGUUUUGUUAGCACACAUAUGUUGAGUGUACGAAAUGGACGGACAUAUGAUUAAUUAUAUUCCUUUUUCAUGUUGGUAAAUUUGCAAUGUGACCGUUUCUUAAACCUUUAAUAAAUUGAUUGUGUUAAA